AUGGAGUUGAGUUCUUCCAUUAAAGGAGAGUUCCGUGAGGAUCAGUACAAAGAUUGGCUAAUUGACAUUAAGGGAGAGAUGGAGCCUGAUCCCGAUCAGUGUUGUAUUUAUAGAGUCCCUACACGUAUUCGUAACGUAAACAAAGAAGCCUACACUCCUCAAGUAGUUUCAAUAGGCACUUUUCACUAUGGUAAAAAAGAAUUAGAAUUCAUGGAAAAGCAAAAAGGGGGAUAUGUAAGACAAUUUUUCAAACGAACAACCCGUGAUAAACGUGAGGAAGUUUUUGUCUUCAUCAAAGAUCAUGAACAACAGAUACGAAAUUGUUAUUCAGAGACUUGUAAGCUCGACAGUCAUGAGUAUGUAAUGAUGAUUCUAGGUGAUGCUCUUUUUAUCAUAGAGCUCCUCUUGAGGGAUUAUGAUGAUGAUGAUGCAACUACCCAGAAAAGCUACCCAGAACACAGGUUACCGAAGUUCGAUAAGGCAUAUAGGGAUGUUGAUUUACCUAGUGCCGCGAAGCUACGUGAAUCAGGAGUGAAAUUCAAAAGUGCUGAUCAAGUGGAAAGCUUAUUUGACAUAAGAUUUGAUGGACACGAGUUGAAAAUACCGCCAUUACCAGUUGACAACAUGACAGAAACUAUACUUCGGAAUUUAAUGGCUUUGGAGCAAUGUCACUAUCCAUAUGUUACUCCCGUCUGUGAUUAUGUUGAACUACUAGACUCUCUUAUCGAUGACAAAAGCGAUUUGGAUUUACUUGUUAAGGAGGGAAUUAUUUCCAAUCGUAUGGGCGACAGUAAGGCAAUAGUAAGUUUGUUUAAUAACCUUUGCACACAAAUUACUAUUAAUAGAGUUUAUUACAAUGAUAUUUCUCAGCAACUGAAAGCACACUAUGAUAAUCCUUGGAACCAUACCUCUGCAAAAUUGAAAAGUGUGUAUUUCGGUGAUCUCUGGAAAGGUACAGCAACUGUUGCAGCUGCUUUAAUCUUGCUACUCACUUUUAUACAAACCAUGUCUUCUGUCACGCAUUAG